AUGAAGACAAUGGCGGCAGGGACGAUGGGGAUCGUGCCUAUCGUGCUGCUUGCUCUUAGUGGAACCUUGGCCUCCGCCGGCUCGGCUUUCAGUGGCAGUAGCGCUCACAACGAGGGAAACGUCGAACUUCUCGCCGACAAUGGAACGAUCAACAUCAAUUUGCGCAGCCUCCAGGCCGAAGUUGAGACGUGUGACGGCGGAAUUGUCGGCAUCCAGCAGAGCGAUAUAUGCUGCUCCUCAAGCUGCGGAUCUUGCGGAGGUACCGGGUGCACUUCCCGAGACGGUGGAUCCGAAGCCUGCUGUGGUGGAGGAGUCAGGGCCUCCGGUCGCUUUUGCUCUGUUUACGGGAGAAGCUCCCUGCAUGACCGGCCCGGCCCCUACGCCGGAACCUACGCCGGCCCCGACGCCCCCCCCUACCGAUGA